GUUUGACUGGCAUAUAUAUAGCAUGUAGUGUGUGCUAUAGCCGUAAUGUCCCCCCAGCUCGUUUAUAAAGCAGCCCCGAAAGUAUUGUUCGAAAUAAUAGACGCCUGAGAAGUUUCAUCGUCCCGGCCGGCGACGCUGGGAAAGCAUCACAUUAGCCACCGGGACGGGUGGGGUACGACGACAGCGUUUUGCUUCUGGGGCACCUAUUGUUUGCAGCUGCAAAGCUAAAGGAUCCUGGCAAUACAGGUAGCUACAGAGGUACCAAAUUAGUGGCUGUUCUUUGCUUAUACUCUAGUUUCAGUUUGCUGACGUGUCAUGAGUGACGAAUUUAAGGAUUUACAACCGGAGACAAUCCCAGGCUUUAAAGUCGGGGAGAAGAGAAGCAUCCAGGAAUACACCAAUUUGGAUGCCAACGACGAGUCGUUGAACAAAUGGAAACAAAGCUUGGGGUUGAACACGGGCAAGGCUCUCGAUGUCGAAGCAGGAGACAAGAGAAAAGUGGUGAUCAUCUCGAUGACGCUUGUGAUUGAGGGUGAACAACCUGUUGUCAUCAAUCUGGAGAAGGAGAAGAACUACGACUCAUUGAAGGGUAAAAAGAUCAGUUUCAAGAUUAAGGAGAAGAGCGUUUACAAAUUGGUGAUCCGAUUCAAGGUCCAGCACGAAAUUAUUACCGGAUUGAAAUAUUUGCAAGGUGUCAAAAAGGCUGGUAUCACUGUUGACAAGAUUGAGGAACCAAUGGGCAGUUAUGCGCCAAACACUGUUGACAAGCCAUAUUAUGAGAGAGGGUUUGAAGAGGUGGAAGCACCUAGUGGAUUUUUGGCUAGAGGAUCCUAUAGUGCUGUUUCCAAGUUCGUCGAUGACGACAGAACCGAACAUUUGAUCUUGCCAUGGUCAUUCCAAAUCACCAAAUGAGCAUGGAUGCUUCUCGGGUAGGAAUAACUGUUUUGUGUAUUGGCAUAUAUAUAUUCCACGAAACAGGGAACUAUGUAUGUAUAAAAUUCUUUAGAUUAGAUUCAUAUAUAGAGAUUAAUCUGAUUAUAUUGAAAGAAAGGACAGAAAAGGUGAGA